UUAUUUAUUUUCACUUCCUGGCUUGUACAGUGCGCUAGACCUAGUUAGACUAGCUGGCUCAAGCUACACCGAUGACACAGCAGUAGUUAGCUAGCUAGGAAGCUGUUGGGGUAGGUAGCUAGGUAGCUGGCUUGCCAGUUGUAACACAGUACCUUGAUUAGUCGACAGUACGUUAGCAAUACUGUUGAAUUUAACGAAUUUCUUUUUCAUUCAUACUUCGCUGAAAUAACAUCUGACAUCGUUAGCUAGCAACUGUAGCCGAAUGCUAGUUAUCCAGUUCAUUUUAGGUUUGCGAAGAUAUUGAACCUUACCAACGAACUAAUCUAUAAUACUUUUAAAUCAAAGCAGAAGUAGAAAGCUAGCCGACUAGCUACAGCUAUCCAUCUCUACGGCCAUGGACCAACACAACACAACGAAUACUGUCAAACUGUACGUUUACGACAUGUCAAGAGGAAUGGCUCGUCAACUCAGUCCCAUCAUGUUAGGGAAACAACUGGAUGGAAUAUGGCACACCUCCAUUGUCAUCUUUGGAGACGAGUUCUUCUAUGGGGGAGAAGGAAUAACCAGCUGCCCGCCGGGUGGGACGAUGCUGGGUGAGCCGAACAGCAUUGUGGAUUUGGGAAGCACGGAGGUGACGGAGGACAUUUUCAUGGAGUACCUUUCCUCUCUUGGGGAGGCCACGUACAGUGGGGACAAUUACCGACUGUUCGAGCACAACUGCAACACCUUCAGUAACGAGGUGGCCCAGUUCCUGACAGGAAGCAAAGUCCCCGCCUACAUCACGGACCUGCCAGCGGAGGUGCUCUCCACGCCCUUUGGUCAAGCACUGCGCCCUCUGCUGGACUCCAUCAGCAUCGCUCCUCCUGGGGGCAACGUCAUCAACGGGCACUACGGGCAGAGGUAGACGGGCGAGACCCGCCCAGACGCACAGGGUAAUAUAUUCAGCAUGGGCGUGGUCUGCAGCCCCGCCCCCUCUGAGAGCCGCUUUCAGCUGCCGUCCUCCUGGGCCUCAGUCCAGCAUGUCUCUUUAUGUAAUGAAUGUAAACUGUCCUCAGCCGAGAGCUCAAGACCCACACAAUGGAGCUCCAGUAAGUGGGGGGGGGGGGGGGGGGUUGUAGGGGCUGAGCUGCAGAUCAAAAUGUAUUUUUUGGGGAUGGGGGCUGGGGGUAGGGAGUUGAAUUGUUUCUUAUUUAUAUACAUAUUACAUUGUCUGCUUUCUCUUUCUUCCAUGUUUCCUUUAAACAUUGUAGAGAAUACAGGAACGUUAGAGCCUGUGAGAUUGUACUGGACAGAUACGGAUGUUACAGACUCACUGUAAGUUUGCAGGUGGAGCAGCAGUUUCACUGGACCAAAAUAGAAAUACGUAGCUUUGUCGACUACUUUCCCUGUUAAUUGUGUUCUUUAAUCACAUGCACCACCUGCACUCUUACAUUUAAUUCUCAAAUCACGUUGCCAAGCCUUUUUAUUCUUUGUUUAUCGAAUGUGAAGUUAAUUACUACAUGGGAAGUACAUGUAUUAUUUAUUUGUUAUUGAACAAUAAUAACGUAACUGAAGUUAGGGUCAUUGAUUCUAUUUGCUACCCCUGUGACUGUUAUCUUCUGUUUUGUUAUUUGACAUGAUAGGAAUUCUGUCUCUUUUUUAAUGAACUAUGCUUGUGCUUAGUUAAAAGAAAAAAAACAUUUCAUACUGCCCUCUGUGGUCUGUAGUGUUUAUGUGAUUAUCUUUGCACUUUGUGAUUAUCUUCGACCCCAAAGCUGAUUCUUAGUAAUGUAAGGUGUCUAUCGCGGCAAGUUGACCCCUCUUUUUGUAAAGCAUGAAUUCAUUAUCAUGACAUUUUUAAUGAGGGAGCCUU